AUGGAUACCGUCCACCUUACCCAUAAACAAGACCCUCUCGGCGACGAUAUGCAAGCCUACGACACCUACGCACCCGCGCCUAACGUAAAUUUCAUAAGUCAAGACCCUUCAGGCAUGAAUAUCUAUGGUGCGCUACCUCAAUCCCAUUGGAGACAAUGGUGGUCUCCUACUGAAGAUGCUUCCUUUGCCGAAUUAGCCAACGUGACCACCCCCAAUGUCUUCGCCCAAGAAGAGCCCCGAUACAACUACACCUACAAUCCUGAAACCUUUAUACAGUGGGACUUUCGUGCUGCCUCCACCCACGGCUAUCCUAAUAGGCCUUUUAGCAUUUGA